UUGAAGCAUUGAACUCCGAUCCGAAGGCAGCGAAAAAAGAAAGAAAAGAGAGAAGAAAAUGUCACAACCAGAACUACCAAAUUCAACAGCAGAAGUGGAAGUAGAAAGACCAGUAGUAGUAGUAGUAGAAGAAGAAGCAAAACAAGGCAAAGGGACGUGGAAGCACGCUGCCUUCCACAUGGCCACCACGAUUGCCACACCGGCCGCUUAUGCUCCCCUGCCUUUUGCUCUCGCUUCUCUCGGUUGGCCUCUCGGGGUAAGCGGUUUGGUGGCUGCAACACUAGCCACAUGGUAUUCUAGCUUUCUCAUUGCAUCUCUGUGGAAUUGGGAUGGGAAGAAACAUGUCACCUAUCGCCACUUAGCACACAGCAUUUUUGGGUUCUGGGGUUAUUGGUCAAUUGCAUUUUUUCAACAGGUGGCCUCUGUAGGCAAUAAUAUUGCCAUUCAUAUUGCAGCUGGAAGCAGCCUUAAGGCUGUUUACAAAUAUUAUGACAAGGAUGGUGGCUUAACCCUGCAGCAUUUUAUUAUCUUCUUUGGGGCCUUUGAGCUCUUGCUGUCUCAGCUCCCUGAUAUUCACUCCUUGAGAUGGGUAAAUGCCUUGUGCACUUUCAGCACCAUUGGCUUUGCUGGCACAACCAUUGGUGUCACUAUUUAUAACGGGAAAAAGAUUGACAGGAAAUCAGUCAGUUACAGAUUGGAUGGAAGCUCAUCUUCUAAAGCCUUCAGAGCCUUUAAUGCUCUUGGGGCAAUUGCCUUUUCCUUUGGAGAUGCCAUGCUUCCAGAGAUACAGAAUACUGUGAGAGAACCUGCAAAGAAGAACAUGUAUAAAGGAGUAUCAGCAGCAUAUGCUGUCAUUGUGUUGAGCUACUGGCAAUUGGCCUUCACUGGCUACUGGGCUUUUGGUUCACAAGUCCAGCCUUACAUCUUGUCUUCCCUAACUGUUCCCCAGUGGACUAUUGUCAUGGCCAAUCUUUUUGCUGUUAUACAGAUCUCAGGAUGUUUUCAGAUAUAUUGCAGGCCAACAUAUGCCUACUUUGAUGAAAGACUAUUGUCUCGCAAAACUACCAAUAACUUCACAUCCAGAAACAAUCUAAUUCGUCUUGUUUUUACGUCCAUGUACAUGGUUCUCAUUACUCUUGUUGCAGCAGCCAUGCCUUUCUUUGGGGAUUUUGUGUCAAUCUGUGGAGCAAUUGGGUUCACACCACUGGAUUUUGUGUUCCCUGCUCUGGCAUAUCUAAAAGCUAGAAGACGGCCCCAAAAUACCAAAAUUUACCUUUCUUUGCUGCUUCUUAACUUUGCCAUUGUGGUUUGGUUCUCCAGUGUUGCAGUGUUGGGUUGCAUUGGUGCAGUCAAGUUCAUUGUGGAAGAUGUCAAGACUUACAAAUUCUUUCAUGAUAUGUGA